AUGUGUGGUUGGUGUGUGGACCAUGUGUGGUUGGUGAGUGGACCAUGUGUGGUUGGCGUGUGGACCAUGUGUGGUUGGCGUGUGGACCAUGUGUGGUUGGUGUGUGGACCAUGUGUGGUUGGUGUGAAGACCAUGUGUGGUUGGUGUGUGGACGAUGUGUGGCUGGUGUGUGUUUGGUGUGUGGACGAUGUGUGGUUGGUGUGUGUUUGGUGUGUGGACCAUGUGUGGUUGGUGUGUGGACCAUGUGUGGCUGGUGUGUGGUUGGUGUGUGGACCAUGUGUGGUUGGUGUGUGGACCAUGUGUGGUUGGUGUGUGGACGAUGUGUGGCUGGUGUGUGGUUGGUGUGUGGCUGGUGUGUGGUUGGUGUGUGGUUGGUGUGUGGACCAUGUGUGGUUGGUGUGUGGACCAUGUGUGGUUGGUGUGAAGACCAUGUGUGGUUGGUGUGUGGACGAUGUGUGGCUGGUGUGUGUUUGGUGUGUGGACGAUGUGUGGUUGGUGUGUGUUUGGUGUGUGGACCAUGUGUGGUUGGUGUGUGGACCAUGUGUGGCUGGUGUGUGGUUGGUGUGUGGACCAUGUGUGGUUGGUGUGUGGACCAUGUGUGGUUGGUGUGUGGACGAUGUGUGGCUGGUGUGUGGUUGGUGUGUGGCUGGUGUGUGGUUGGUGUGUGUUUGGUGUGUGGACCAUGUGUGGUUGGUGUGUGGACCAUGUGUGGUUGGUGUGUGGACCAUGAGUGGACCCCGGAUGUUCACGGUGAGUUCAGGCGUCCUGUGA